AUGCAUCCUAACAAGAUAUCCUGCGCACCUAUCUACCUUACGCCUCAAGAAGUAAAACGCUCUGCCUUGAUAAAGCUCGAGGCAUUGGAAACCCUCAACCUGCAUCGACAAUGGGUUGAUAAUUCCGCAAUAUUUUUAAAUAAGGAUGGCUCUUAUUCGCAUAAAGUGGUUGACAAAGGGUCCCUUCAAAUGCAUAUACAGACAGCAUAUUUUUCCAUGGCCAGUUUCAUUUACUCGCCAGGAUGCAAAGUCUCGCCAGAAGAAGAGAGACUACAAAAUGCUCGUCGUCACCUCCUAGUCUCGAUUCUUGCGCACGCAUGGCUCUGGGGAAGGCCUAAAGUAUUAGAUAAUCAAGGCAAUUUCGUCGCUUUUGAAAAAAGACAAGUAAUUGCACCUCAAGAUAUCCUUGAUUUCUUUGGCAAAGUUCGGGCUCAUGAGGCAAAUUAUACCUAUGAAGAAAUACAAAAGUUUCUAGUAAAUGCACAAGAAGUGCCUUUGCAUUUAGAUAAGUCAAAGUGGAAUUUAACGGGGUUUAUUGCAUGUUUGAGGUGGGAUAACUUGCAUAAUCUAUAUCAUAAUGGAGGCCCGUGGUGCUCUUGUCGGCUUGAGAAGGAUCGCUACCCACCACCUUACUAUGAGACUUUCCCAACAAAAGGUGCAUAUUUUGGCAUAGCCCGCCGAUUUAGACAUUGGCUCUUUCGUGGCAACAAUGAGAGGGGGAGAGCAGGUUGUGAGGUGGGGAUGACUAAAGCUGAAUACUUAGAGAAAGAUCAAUUAUAG